CGACGUCAGAGCAGAGUCGCUGUCCCCAGGAGAUCACAACUUAGAACCAUCCUGGGCAACAACCACCACUGGAGGAUCAUCCAGGUGUGGACAACAUGGUGAGCAACUCCUCUCUCCCCACAAACACGUCCGCCGGGACUGUGACUCUGCCUGCUGGCUACAUUGCCCUGAAUGUCUUCUCUUACACAGUCUUCGCUGUCACCUUUAUCCUGGGUGUGCUGGGCAACGGUCUUGUGAUCUGGGUGGCGGGGUUCCGCAUGAAACGCACCGUGACCACCAUCGGUUACCUGAACCUGGCCUUUGCUGACUUCUCUUUCACCAUGACCUUGCCUUUCCUGGCGGUCCGGCAGGCCUGGGGAGGAUACUGGCCUCUCGGUUGGUUCCUCUGCAAGUUCAUUUUUACUAUAGUGGACAUCAACCUGUUUGGCAGCGUCUUCUUGAUUGCUCUCAUUGCGCUGGACCGCUGCAUUUGUGUCCUGCAUCCGGUGUGGGCCCAGAACCACCGGACUGUGAGCCUGGCCAAGAAGGUGGUCAUGGUGGUGUGGAUGUGCGCGCUGCUCCUUACCUUACCAGUCAUCAUUCGUGUGACCACGGUGACUCAUGCACCUGGGAAAACAGCCUGCACCUUUGACUUUUCACCCUGGACCACAAACCGUACAGAGCGGAUAAGGGUGGCCAUCACCAUGCAGACCGUCCGAGGGAUCAUCCGGUUCGUUGUUGGAUUCAGCUUGCCCAUGUGCACUGUUGCCAUCUGCUACGGACUCAUCGCCACCAGAAUGUACAAGCAAGGCCUCAUCCAGUCCAGCCGUCCCUUGAGGGUUCUUUCUUUUGUUGUCAUUGCCUUUCUCCUCUGCUGGUGCCCUUUCCAGAUAGUGGCGCUCAUGACCACCAUCAGAAUCCGAGACAUCUUUAGAGGGAUGGGUGAAAACCUUAAAAUUGCAGUGACGGCAACGAGCUCCCUGGCCUACUUCAACAGCUGCCUCAACCCCAUGCUGUACGUCUUUAUGGGGCGGGACUUCCGGGAGAGACUGCUCCACUCCCUGCCAGUCAGUCUGGAGAGGGCACUGACUGAGGACUCGGCGCCGACCGGUGACACAUCAGGCAAUUCUGCUUCAACUCCUGCAAAGGUCGAGUUACAGGCGAAGUGAGGAAGGUGCCAGGGAUGCUUUUGAGGGCCUAGAUCAUCUUCAGUCUCAUCUCCUCUCGAGUUGUCCUGUACCACAGGCACUCCUAUGCUUCUUGGGGUUUGCUGCUCCUUGGAAAUAAUUGUUUGUGCCCCCUGUUUUGAAGAGAAGAACCAGACGCAAGGCUACUGGUGAUGUCUUUUUUUGAUUGGGGAGUUCCAGCUUGGGGUGGUCAGAGGUGAGAAAAAUAGAGGUCACGCACCCCCACUAGCUGGAAAUGGUCAUGAUCACAAUCAUUAUGCUCUAGGAUAAUUGUUGCUAAUGUCCACUUCGGCUCGCAGAAGUGUCUCCCUGUGCACAAUGAACCCUACUGCUUCGCCCCAAGGAAAUGAAACUGGGAGAAGUACAAAAUGUAAGAGAAGUACUUUUUCACUAGCUCAGCUUUUAGUGAUCAAUAACUAAGUGAAAAUAAAAAGCCAUAAAGAUAUCAGCCAAAGGCCCAAAGGCCCUAGAGUUAAACAUCAAAUUGCCCCAUGUGCUGCAUCACAAAAGUUGGGACUCAACUAUUCUUCCCACAGAACCUCUAUUUUCACUUUUUACUCCACCUGUGGCUGGAACAGAAUUAAUUCAGUAUGUGGUACUUGCUGUCUUUAUUUCCAAUGUGACUAACCCAGGCUACAACUCAGACCUCUCCCUCAAUUUCCUUAUAAACUCCUUGCUCAAGGUCCGUAAGCAUGGGAUCUAGUUUGGGUGGAGUUAGGUCCGUCCUAGUCAGCCACAGAUCAUAUGAAAGUGAACGGUUGGACUCUAGAAACCCUUGUUCCUAAGUGUCCAUCCUCUUUCCUUUCUCCUCCCCUCCAGACUUUUUGCUCUUCUUUUAUGCAACUCAGAGACUUUGCCCCUUGGACCCAACGACUGCCUAUCUCCAGGUCUCCUUUGCUAACCCAAGCCAAUCAUUCAUGACCACAGGUUCCUUAAGGGGAUUGCUGGUGCCAGCAAUCAUCAAAUCAUUCCGAUGCCACAACUCUGUAUCAUUUAUUGGGAUAGGGAAAAGGAAAAAGUGGUAGAUGAAAGAGG